CUUUCUCUCUCCCUUUCUCUCUCUCUCUCUCUUUCUCUCUUUGUACUUAAUUUGGCCAUUUUUGUCCACUUCUCAUUUUGUGGAGUUUUGACUGAAGGUUAAGCAUGGAACUGAAGGACUUCCAGUUGCUUUAUCAGCAGCACAGUCUCUUGGAACCCUCAUCUUCUGAUGAUCCUCCAUCUCCACAAGAAGCAACCAUUAAAUCAGACUCACCAAAUAUGACCCCAUUCAGCCUGAGCAGCACAUCAGAUAGCAGCGCUUACAGUGUCUUUUCCCAAACUCUCGAACCUGCACACUUUGCAGCUCAAGACAAUGAAGAGCUCCAGCUACUGCCUCAGACAGGCUCCAUCCUAAACCGAGACUACGUCCCCUCGCUGGGCCAUGGGCCCAAACGCCUGUGCCUGGUGUGUGGAGACUUUGCAUCUGGGUAUCAUUAUGGUGUGGCAUCCUGCGAAGCCUGCAAGGCCUUUUUUAAGAGAACCAUUCAAGGAAAUAUAGAGUACAGCUGCCCAGUGGUGAACGAGUGUGAGAUAACGAAAAGACGAAGAAAAUCAUGUCAGGCCUGCCGCUUUCAAAAAUGCCUGAGGGCAGGAAUGAUGCGCGAAGGUGUACGUAUGGAUCGCGUGAGAGGAGGCAGGCAAAAGUAUAAACGACGAAAUGAGUCUGGCCUGCCUGUCUUCGUCCAACCUCCGUACGCACAUCAAGUUAAAAGCAUCCGUAAUAAGGCAAUUUCUCAACUGUUGGCUUCUGAGCCAGCUCCACUUAGAGCCUCUCCCGACCCAGUGACCCCUGACAGCGACCUCAAAACAUUGAUGACCUUAUGUGACCUUUUAAACAGAGAACUGCUGGUCAUGAUCAGCUGGGCCAAACACAUACCAGGAUUCUCUUCGCUCUCACUGGUGGAUCAAAUGGCGCUGCUGCAGAGUGGUUGGAUGGAAGCUCUGCUGCUGGGUGUGGUGUGGCGUUCUCUGGCAUCAACUCAGGAGUUGCAGUUUGCAGAAAAUCUUCAUCUGAAUGAACUCCAGUGCAAAAACGCCGGCCUGCUGGAGCUUUACAGACCACUGAGACUCCUCAUCGACAAAUACCAACAACUCAACAUCAGUCACGAGGAGGCUGUGACACUCCGAGCCAUGGCACUUGCCAACUCAGAUGCAGAGCACGUGGAGAGUGGUGACAGUGUGCUGCGUUUUCAGGACGGGCUGCACGAGGCGCUGCAGGACUAUGAGGUGAAUGAGCGUGCAGCUGAGCCACACCGUGCUGGCAGACUGCUGAUGACGCUGCCACUGCUCAGACAGAGUGCACACAGAGCCGUGCAGUGUUUCCGCCGCCUGCACAUGCAACAACACGUGCCCAUGCACAAGCUUUUCCUGGAGAUGCUGGACACCAAGAUUUAGAAAAAUACUGGGCUAAAAAAAACUCAUCGAAUGGGAUGGUGAUGUUGUAUUUUAGUCUUUUUAGUAUUUCUCAGUUAAAUGCUGAGAGGGAUGAGCUGUUUCUAUUCUGGUGCUUGAUAAAUAUUAGUAACAAGAUAAUCUACUGCACGGAAAGAAGUCAUGGUGUUUCUUCUAAAAUCAGAUCCAGCUUUAUGAGUCUUUUUGAUCAAAUUCGCAUCAUUCAACAGUAGUUAAAAUCUAAAGACCACUGCGGUUGUUUUGGGAUGCUGAGGUGCUCUGUAGUCAUUUUAUUUUGUACUGUAUGCUAUACACUGUUUUGUACACAAAACUGUUCUGAUCAAACAAAAAUGGAUUUUCUUUUUUAAGUGAUCAAGAUAUAACAUCUUAAAAGUAACAGAGAAAAAAUAUCCAGCUUGCAAAAGGGCUGAAACGCAUUUCCUUUCCCCCUGCAUUUAAAAAACAUGAAGGAAUUUCUAAUAUUGUGUUAUUUUUUAGAAUGAAAUAAAAUGUCAUUUUUUUUGUAAAUUGAACAAUGUAUAUAUCAUUUUUGUUUAUUGAAAUUUCCACAAAACCUGUUAACACCAAUGUGAGGGGUUAAUAUUGUGUGACUUGAUAAGAAAUAAAGCCAUGACUAACAAAGCCAUGGCAUUGAUCUUCAUGCUCCUUUACUAUUU